UUCUGGGGCAAGAAAGGGCAUCAGUUUCCCAUGUAACGAUCGGAAUGACGCCACCUGCUGGGGAGUUACUGUAGGAACGCUCCUUCAUGAGGAGAAGGCCUCUGUGGGCAAGUCAUGCGGUCAGGUCCUUGGCGUCAGGAAGUGAUGUUUGCUCGUGGGUGCUGUCUAUCAAAGCUACCAGCCAAUCAACUUGAGGAGCCUCCCAUUUCUGGGAGGGGAACAUGACGUAGGAAGUGAACGCCGGCGGAGGGGUUCUUCCUUUCUUUGUUCCUGACCUCACCAUGGCAGAUCCCCAGGACACAACCACAUUAACUCUGAAGUUUCAAUUUAACCCAAAGCUGGGGAUUGAUAAUCCUGCACUCUCAUUAGCUGACGACCACCUUGAUUCCUGGGGCCCUCAGCGCCCUCGCUUCUGUCUUCUGAGCAAGGAGGAGGGGGGAAGAUUUGGCUUCUAUCUGCAUAAAGAGCUGGGCCGGGCUGGGCACAUAGUCCGAAGGGUGGAACCAGGCACUUCUGCUCAGCGCCAAGGACUUCAGAAUGGAGACCGGAUCCUGGGGGUCAAUGGGGACACUGUGGAGCAUGAGGACUACUGUGGGGUGGUACGGCGAAUCCGGGCUAGCGGUCCCCGGGUACUGCUGAUAGUGUUGGCAGGACACGUGGAGGAGGCUGUUCGUGCUCAGCAGCCUGAUGGCAGCCGUCUCUGUCCUGUCCUGGAUUCUGGUGUCCGACCUCGGCUGUGCUAUGUGGCAAAAGAUGAGGGUGGCUUUGGCUUCAGCAUCACCCAUGGAAAGAGGGGCUUUUUCUGGUUGAUGUUGAGUUGUGGAGGAGCAGCAGAGCUGGCAGGGGUGCCCCAGGGGGCUCGGUUGCUGGAAGUCAAUGGGAUCAGUGUGGAGAGUUUCUCACAUAGUCAGCUCAGCAGAAAGCUUCGGGAGAGCGGGGAUCACGUGGCCCUCUUGGUGGUAGGGCCAGAAGUGGAAGAACAGUGUCGUCAGCUGGGCUUACCCCUGGCUGCCCCCUUGGCUGAGGGCUGGGCACUGCCUGCCCGGCCACGCCGGUUGCAUCUAGAAAAAGGACCCAAGGGCUUUGGGUUCUUGCUUCGAGAGGAGAAAGGCCCCAGUGGGAAGCUUGGGCAGUUCCUAUGGGAGGUGGACGCAGGGCUGCCAGCAGAUCAAGCUGGGAUGCGGGCUGGGGACAGACUGGUCGCUGUGGCUGGGGAGAGUGUGGAGGGAAUGAAUCACGAGGAGGCUGUGACCAGGAUCCGGGCCGAGGGCCACCAUCUCUCCCUGAUCGUAGUGGACCCUGAUGCUGACAGCUUUUAUAGGAUGGUCCGCCUGUCUCCUCUCCUCUUCUUGGAGGAUGCUGGUUCCCAAGCAGAAGGUCCUGCUUCUUCCCAGAAGCUCCCUUCAGUAUCCCAGGGGGAGGAUCAAGCAUCCUUGUCAACAGAUCUGGCCUCACCACUUGGAGUCUCUACCUCCCUUGUUCCUCCUGCCCUACCCAGCUUCCGGCAAUGCCUUCUGAGCCCGGGGCCUAAUGGUGGUUAUGGUUUCCGACUCAGUUGUGGAGCCGAUAAGCCUGAUAUCGUUAUUUCCCAGGUGACCCCAGGGGGCUCAGCUUCCCAAGCAGGACUUCAUAUAGGGGAUGUGAUUCUGGAGGUGAAUGGACAAUCUGUGAGUAGGGAGAAUAUUUUUGAGGUGCUGCAGCAGCUGAUUGACACUAAGCCACCCCUUCGCCUGAGGCUGGUGGCCCAGGGAAGAGGAAGCACUGAGGCCUGGAGCUCUUUAGAACCAGGAAAGGACUGGAUUGUUCCCUCUGAGAGGCUCUAGAAUAGCCUAUCUGGUGUGGACCUGCCUGAUGUUGCUUUGUCUACUACACCUCUUUGUUUCAGGAGUGGAUGGAAAUUCCUGCGCCUAGGGCCUAGAGAGAUGGGAUGUCCUCAUAGGACUCCAUAGGCCUCCGGGGAUAAGUCUCUUUCCUUUUCCAGGUCUUCACUCCUUGGGAAAGGGUGGAGGAAGUAGCUUUGCCCAAUGUAGUCACUGGAUUUGCUGUCAACAGCUCCCCAUCCAUACUCCCAUCCAGGAGAAAUGUGCAGGAGUUUGAUAGGAGGGCUGGGGGCCCCCAGGAUAAAAUUUGUUUGUGAGAGAGCAGGAUCUGCAAACAUGGGGUCUUCUCUGUUGGACCUGA